CUGCCUUUGAGCCAUCAAGAUGCCUAUGUCUCCUCUGCCAUCAGCUCUUCUUUCUCACAUGAUAGCUAUUAACAAUGUGCCUCCUCCUCCACUUCGCAAUAUACCAAGAUUGAAAAUGCCUAAGCAUAUUAAUUAUGGUCAGUUGAAUGCAUUGUGCCAUAUUAGAGGACUGCAGCAGGGCUGGAGUUCUUACAAUAUUGUAUCAGCUCACAGUGCAUUUAUGAAGCAAUAUUCUAAAAUAUUCUUGCAUAAAAAACCCAGACUGCCUAAACUUUUCAUACAGGAGCAAAAAAGAAAAGCCAUCGAAGGAACAGAAGAAAGUCAAUGCCAACCACCUGAUGACUCUCACAAUAUAGCUGUCCAUAUCAAAAAGGCACAUGGUGGCCAUACUUUGCAUGAACCAAAAAGAUCCUCAGAGAAGUUAUUAGAAUUCCUAGAGAUCGUAAAGAAACUGCCUGUUCAUAGGACACCAUAUGAACACAAAACUGUAUGGAAGAUUCUGAAAACAGUUCCAGAUUUAACCUCUCAGCUAAGUGAAAAGCAUCUGAAAACCCUUAGUGAGAGUGUCAUUUCUGAAACCUGGGCGAAAGGGAGCACAGUGGUUGGAAACGAUGGAUUUUAUGUAAUACUGAAAGGCCUAGCUCGACCUCAAACAAAGGUGCCUGAAAAUCUGAUCAAAGAAAAUGACUCAACAGUCUGUUCCAUACCUCAGAGUUUACAGAGUUUUAUCUUCAGUGAUGACCUUGAAAGUGCUAAACUUGCUGAGAUGCUCCCACCUUCACGUGAUUCAAUGCUUAAACAAUGGAGUACCUUUGGCUCCCUGGAAAUUACACCUAAGAUUGAAUCAGAAACACAGGAAUUCUCAGUGGUAACAGAAGACGAUUGUGAAAUUCUUAAAAUCUCCGCAAAGGAAUAUGCAAAGUUAAAAUUGGAAAACAUAAAACUUGAAAAUUUACAGAAGUUGAAAUUAAUCCGUAAGUGUCCUUAUUAUAAGGAGUGGCCUACUUUAUCCAUAUAUGAGCUAAUUACAGUCACUAAGUGGAAAAAAUUUCCUCCAGGUCAUGUGAUAGUAGAGAGUGGAGAUAUCAUCUCUUUUGUGGCCUAUAUUAAUUCUGGAUACUGUAACAUUUACAGAAGUAUUAUAGGACUUGUGAAACUACAAUUAAAUAGAGUGAAAAAAAUUCAAAGACUUGUAUGUAUGGGUAAACUUCAGGAGAAGGAGUCCUUUGGUGAGAUUAGCGUUCUUCUUCAAGUUCCUUUCACAUGCACAAUUAUUACUGGAAAUGAGGUUGAAAUGGCCAUCAUUGAAGAUAAAGACCUAUUUGGAUUAGACUCAGUGACCAAGCAACUUAUGCUACAAACAGCUAAACCAACAUUUGGACAUCUGACAGAAGAGGAUGUCAAAAGUGAAUAUUUGCAAAAUGAACAACAGAAAGAAUGGAAUAGUUUCAAGGAGAUGACCAUAAAAAACUCCUUAUAUUAUAAUGGAAUUAUUCCAGGCUUUGGAAAAUGGAAUCAUUACUGGAAAAGCAUCCCCAGGAAUCUCAAGAAUACCUUAGUCAGUUAUUAAAGAUACCAGCUCAUAAGUAGCUGGGAAUU